AUGAUUUCAAAUGAAAAAUAUAUGAUUUCAAAUGAAAAAGAUUUGAUUUUGAGUGAACAAUAUACAAGAUCACGAGCACAUAUUACUGGAGAGAAUAGGCCAAAUGAAGUUUUAAAAAAAGACAUUCGUAGUAAUUUCGCACAUGUUAUGAACGAAAGAGAACAGCCUAAAUCGGAAUAUUAUAGUAAUAGGAAUGAACAGCCUAAAUCGGAAUAUCAUAGGAAUCCAUUGGAUGAUAUUUAUGCAUAUAGACGAGAACCAACUGAGGGAUAUUGUAUGGAUAAUAGUGGAGUCAAUAGUUCCACACAAAACUUCACGACUUCUCCAGGUGAAAAUAUUACAUCAGAAAAUUUAUAUAAUAGGUAUCAAUCUCCAUCGUAUUAUAAUAGGUAUCAAUCUCCAUCGUAUCAACCUCCAUCGUAUGAAUAUUAUUCAUUGAAACAUCAAGCCGAAAUGACGUCUCGACAUUCAAGUAACUUCACGACUUCUCCAGAUGAAAAUAGUACAUCAGAAAAUUUAUAUCAAUCUCCAUCGUAUCAACCUUCAUCGUAUGAUUAUUAUUCAUUGAAACAUCAAGCCGAAAUGACGUCUCGACAUUCAAGUAACUUCACGACUUCUCCAGAUGAAAAUAUUACAUCAGAAAAUUUAUAUAAUAGGUAUCAACCUCCAUCAUAUGAUAUUUAUUCAUUGAAACAUCAUGCCGGAAUGACGUCUCGACAUUCAAGUAACAAUAGAGAACAAUCAACGUCAUCAAGUCAAAGUUCUCAAUUAGUGCCAUAUGAUGAAAAUUUGCAAGUUGUAGCCUGGGGCUACCCGGCCUUGUACUCAGACCCAUACUUAAGAAAAAGGGCACCGCAACGUAAGCCUGUAGAACAAUUCAUGUUACACCUCGCCAAUAUAAGAGAGAGCGAGAAGCCACCCCUUCUUCCGGGCUUAGAUGCAAAAACGGUCAUUACUGAUUAUUUACAAACUGUAAACCUUGCAACCAGGAUUUUAUUGCCUGGCAUGAAAAUUAGUGAAAUUAUCGAACGCAGUGGUAGUCGAUGUGGCAGUUCUUAUGUUGACCAUGAAUUUCUUAAGUUUCUUGGUCGGAAAUUAGGAUUCGCCGCAAUGAAAAAACUAAAAGAAGAUCACAAUGGACAAAUGCAAAUUUUGAUACAACGAUUUUGUUCAGAAGUAAAAUUUCGAUUUAACGGAAAUCCUAACGAAUUUACUGACAAGGAAUUGGACAUUGAAAAAAUAUGCCCUGCAUUGAAGCAAUAUGUUACCGGUCAUUUCAGAAAACAAAUGGAAGAUGAUGAUUGGAUAAUAGAGUUAGACUUUCAAACUGUGAAAGAUAUGUUUGAUCCUGUUAUUAAUAAGAUUAUUGAUUUGAUUCAAUGGCAAUGUGCGUCAAACGAACGUAAAUUAGCAGCUAUGUUUUUAAUAGGUGAAUUUAGCGAAAAUCGUUACUUAGAAACUCAAAUUCGACGACAUUUUGAGGCACAAAUCUCAUAUAUUACUGUUCCUAUAUGGCCCAACACAG